UUCGACAUCGAGGAAGAGAAAUUUCCACAGCUACAAAAAUAUUUACAAAUUUUCAAAAUAAUAAGCAAAAUAAGUUUAUUUUAAUUUCAAAAUAAAUUAUUUAAACUAAAAUAAAACUAUUUUAAAUUUAAGCAAAAGUGAAAUAUUAAAAUUGAAUAAGUGUAUAAAAGAAAAAGGAAUUUGAGCGCUAAGAACAAGGACUCUACUAGCUCGAAAUUUUUUUUUUAUUAUAAUAAACAGAAAAAACCAAAAAGGAAAAAAAAAUUCCAUGCUCGUUCUUAAAAUUUAUAAAAUUAGCGUUCUAAUAAAAAUCAAUGAUAAAAUUAAUAUUUUUGAUUCAUAAAUAUUGUUUGUGGAAAUAAAAAAGACUUUACAAUGAACAUGGGAAGUGGUGAUGAUAGGGUGUAUGCAGCUGAAAGAAUAAUAUUAAAACGGGUUCGCAAGGGAAAGGUUGAGUAUCGGGUCAAAUGGAAAGGUUGGAAUCAAAGAUAUAAUACAUGGGAACCAGAAGAAAAUAUUUUGGAUCGUCGUUUAAUCGACAUAUACGAACAAAGUUUAAGAGGAGGUACAGGAACACCAUCAAAACGUGGACCUAAAAAGAAAGAAAAAGAACCAGAUCCGGAUCCAACAGAAACUGAUGAAGAUGAGGAAGUUGACGCGGAAUCAGAAAAGGAUAUGGCAAUAAAUGAAAAAGAAAUUACAAAGAAAAAAGAUUCCAAAUCAAAAAUUGAUAAAUUGAAUACUAAUAAUUUGCUGUCUAGUCGAAGAUCUGAAUCUCCAAUAAAUGGUGAUAAUGAUUCAAACUCAAGUAGUAGUGAAGAUCAGCCAUUAAGUCGAAAAGAUUUAGCUAUCGGUACAAAACGAAAAGCUGAAGUUUUAAAAGAAUCUGGUAAAAUUGGUGUUACUAUAAAAACAUCACCAGAUGGUCCACCAUCAUCAAAAAUUCAUUGUAUUGAUCAGCAAACAUCAGCAGCACCAGUAUCUACACCAACACAUAAUACAGCUCCAUUAUCACCAGAAACACCUGCAUCAAGACCAGAACAAGAUAUUCCAAUAGAACAAAAAACAAUAUCCGAACAAUCAUUUGUUAAAGAAGAAGAAAAUGAAGAAAAUGAACCAUCACAAAUACAAAAUGAACAUCAACAGCAACAGUUACAACAACAAAAUCAACAUCACAAUAAAGGAGGCGUAAAUCAAAAUGUUAAUGAUAAUAAUUUAUCAAUAUUGGAUAAAAAACAAUCUCGAGAAAAUAAUAUAAUACCUGCACCACAAGCACCACAUUCACCAAAUGUUGCACCACCACGUUUAUGGCUACCAAAAUGUAAAUUUAUUGAUCAAGUUUUUAUUACAGAUGUUACAGUCAAUUUAGAAACAGUUACUAUACGUGAAUGUAAAACUGAACGAGGAUUUUUUCGUGAAAGAGAUCUAAAAAAUAGUGAUAUUACAAAUUAAGGUAAUGAUUAAAAUAUCAAAAUUUUUUUGAAAAGAUUUAAAAUUAAAACAUAAGGCUGAUUAAGAAUGGGAAAAAAAUAUACUAUUGUAAAAGACAAAAAAAACAAAAAAAAAACAAAAAAAAAAAAGUAAAAAGAAAAAUUUACUUGUGUAAACUUUUCAUUUUGAAAUAUUUUGUAUAUACAUAGUUCUAU